CCCAUCCAUUUCUAUAUAUCGGUGUAAUAUAGUGCAUGUCGGAUUGAAUGAGCAAUGCUCUUUUGUUUUCAUACUUGAAUCAAUAACGAUAUCUUGUGAACCUAUGAAUUCUCUCCGAUUAACUUUCAGAUACGUAUCUAUCGUCUAUAACUCAUAUUUAAAUUAGUUGUUUCUGCUCGCGAUGGCAACAAGUGGCGAAGAUGAACAUUUUGCUCAACGUGUUCUACGCCUGACUGACAUUCCAAAAGAACCUAUGGAUUUCCUUAUGCCUAUCAGCGGUUAUGAAGAAAUGCCCCUUGUUUCACUUGAAGAAGCAAUUGAACCACUCGUGUCUAUACUACCAGCAGUGAAAAGUUACGCACGUGCGGCCAAAAAACAAUGUAAGAAGCCGGCUGAUAAUUUGACGCAAGAUGAAUCAGCUUCGAUCAUGCUCUAUUCAAUGGGAUGGGAGCCAUUGGAUAAAUGCCUUUAUUGCGCUUUGAAUGCUACUCUACGGUCGAAAAAUCGAGAAAAUCUUAAACCAUGGUUUCUCUUUCUUCGCCUUUUUCUUGCAGCAUUAUUUCGCCUUCCACCGAUUCCUCACCUAACAGUAUUUCGAGGCGUCAAACUGGAUUUAAGCGAAAAAUUUAAAAAAGACGAAACAUUCAUAUGGUGGGGCUUUUCUUUCUGCACAACUUCCAUCGAAGUUCUCCAAUCAGAACAAUUCUUAGGCAUGGAAGGUACAAGAACAAUGUUUACUAUUCAAUGCAAUUCAGCUAGAGAUAUUCGAAAACACUCGUAUUUUCCAUUUGAAGACGAAGUACUGUUGCUUGCUGCCACUGAGUUCCAAGUGAAAGGUAUUGUCGACCAAGGUCACGAUCUUCGAACUAUUCAGCUGCAAGAAGUUCAGUCCGAUGAACCAAUGCUCAUUCCAGUAUCAUGCACAAGUGACUCAGUUGAUUUAUCUGCCGGAAAACUGAAAGAUUUGGAAGUGAAAGACGAUGUCACCGAAUCAAAGAUCAUAUCAAAGCAGGCAGCUACAACAACAUCAGCGUCGAGCCCGAAAGUGAAAGAUGAUAUCAGUGAACCAGAAACCAUAUCAAAGCAAGCAGCCCCAACGACAUCAGCGUCGAGUCCAAAAGUGAAAGAUGAUAUCAGUGAACCAAGCACCAUAUCAAAGCAAGCAACCUCAACAACAUCAGUGUCGAGCCCAAAAGUGAAAGAUGAUAUCAGUGAACCAAACACCAUAUCAAAGCAAGCAGGCCCAACGACAUCAGCGUCGAGCCCAAAACCAAAAGUUGAUGCAUCUGAAAAGAUUGCUUCACAGUUGGGUAGCGCAAUAGGUAUUGAUUUGGGUACAGUAUAUUCAUGUGUGGCAGUAUUUCAAGAUGGCAAAGUUGAAAUCAUAAGUAAUGAUCAUGGUAACCGAACAACACCAUCAUAUGUUGCAUUCACUGAUAGUGAAUGUUUAAUCGGUGAUGCUGCUAAAAAUCAAAUAUUUAUGAAUCCAAAUAAUACAGUUUUUAACGCUAAGCGACUUAUUGGUCGUAAAUUUGAUGAUACAACAGUUCAAGCUGAUUUGAAACACUGGCCAUUUAAAGUUAUUAGUGAUAGUGGUAAACCAAAAAUUCAAGUUAAAUAUAAAAAUGAAACAAAAUCAUUUACCCCUGAAGAAAUUUCAUCAAUGGUUUUAUCCAAAAUGAAAGAAAUUGCUGAAGCUUAUCUUGGGAAAAAAAUCUCUGAAGCUGUUAUCAGUGUUCCAGCUUACUUUAAUGAUUCCCAAAGAAAAGCAACAAAAGAUGCUGGUAUGAUUGCUGGUCUUAAUGUUUUACGUCUUAUUAAUGAACCAACAGCUGCUGCUAUUGCGUAUGGUUUAGCUAAAAAAGUAUCUGGUGAAAGAAAUAUUCUUAUUUUUGAUUUGGGUGGUGGUACCUGUGAUGCAUCAGUACUUACAAUUGACGAAGGUGUCUUCGAAGUCAAAUCAAUAGCUGGUGAUACACAUUUAGGUGGUGAAGAUUUUGAUAACCGAAUGGUUGCACAUUUUGUUCAAGAAUUCAACAGUAAAAAUAACGAAGAUUUAUCACAAAAUAAACGUGGUCUUUGUCGUUUACGUACAGCUUGUGAACGUGCUAAACGUGCAUUAUCAUCAUCAUCACAAGCUUCAAUUGAAACUGAUUCACUUCAUGAAGGUAUCGAUUUCUAUUCAACAAUUACACGUGCUCGUUUUGAAGAACUUUGUGCUGAUCUUUUCCGUUCAACACUUGAACCAGUUGAAAAAGCUUUACGUGAUGCUAAAAUGGAUAAAGCAAGUAUUCAUGAAAUUGUACUUGUUGGUGGUUCAACACGUAUUCCAAAAGUACAAAAAUUACUUCAAGAUUUCUUUAAUGGAAAAGAAUUAAACAAACCCAUUAAUCCAGACGAAGCUGUUGCUUAUGGUGCAGCUGUUCAAGCAGCUAUUUUAACUGAUGAUAAAUCAGAAGAAGUUAAAGAUGUACUUUACCUUGAUGUUGCACCACUUUCAUUGGGUAUUGAAACUACUGGAGGUGUCAUGACAGUUUUAAUUAAACGUAAUACAAUCAUUCCAACAACAAAAAAACAAACAUUUACAACCGAUUCGGAUAAUCAAUCUGCUAUUGGUAUUUCAGUCUAUGAAGGUGAACGCGCAAUGAUAAAAGAUAACCGUUUACUUGUUUAUUUCGAACUUUCUGGUAUUCCACCAGCUCCACGUGGUGUACCACAAAUUGAAGUUACAUUUGAUAUUGAUGUAAAUGGUAUUUUGAAUGUUUCAGCUGUAGAAAAAAGUUGUGGACUAAAAGUUGAGUGCAAAAUAAAUUGA